AAUGAAAACGUGUAAUUAUUUGCCACCCAUUGGAAAAUACGUUUCAAGGGAAAUGUAAAACACCUGUCCUUCCUCAACUGUGACAGAAUAUAAAUUUUACACUACACUCGUACAGUUCUUACUUUCGUUUUCAGAAGUUACAAUGAAAGUAAUAAUCUUUACCUUGUUUUUGAGUUCAAUGUUUGGGGCAAUUACAGCGCCUUGUACAUCUUCAUCAUGUGGUGCCUUUGUAGCAAAGUAUCCAAGUCAAAGAACUGUUCUUCGGACUGGUUCGAUGCCAUCUCGUUCAUUACAGUUGUCUUCAAGAAGAUAUCCAACGUCGUCACCUGUUUUCAGAAGUGAACCACCAGAUUUUCCAUUUGCAAAUGAGAUUAUUAAUGCAAUACAGAUGAGAUCUAAAGCUAUUCAGGAUUAUGUACGAAGUAAACAGCCAACAUCAGCUGGACCAUCUGUUGUUCCUUCUUCAACAAAUGAAUCACUUUACCCAAAACGUGGUGCAGGUAGAAUUCAACUGCCCAACAGGAGUGGAAAUGGUACUAAGCAGAAACCUACUCCAUCUAAUUCAAUUCCGAACGAACGAAACGUGCAAAGGGUACAAAUACCAAUCAAUACAAACGAAUUGAGUGAUACUCCAUUGGAGCUACCUGUUGAACGUAAACAGUCUAGUAAAAAUAAUCCAUCAGAACCUCUAUCUGAAGAGCCUUCUCCAGGCAACCCAAGAGUAAUUUCUUCGGUGAAUCCAUCACCAAUUCAAACUGAUUCUAAGAAGUUGUCAAAAAAAGAGAUUGAGAGUGAAAAGAAACUAGAAUCAAUAAUUCCUGUACCAUCGUCUAGUAACCCACCUAAAAAAGAGGAAGAUGAAGACCAAUGGGAAGGGCCAAAAACAUUAGCAGAAGAGAAACCAGAGUUAUACACUACUGAUCAAAAUGUAAAAAUGAUACGAAAAUUUACCAGUGAUAUGUCACUAGAAGGAAAAUACAAAAUAGGAGAAAUCAUAUAUUAUGUGCUGACAAAGAAAGAAAAAGAGCUCGAUACAGCUGAUAAAGCAGCCAUCGAAUAUGUAGUCACGGAGCGAUUGCAAAAAGAUCCGGAGCUUACUGCAGAAUAUAAAAAAUAUAAUGAGAAGCAUAAAAAUGAAAACAAUGAAAAUCAAGAAAACUCUGAUGAGGAUAUGCCUUCCUAUAUGCGGCAGCUUCUUUCCCCAUCCUUCUCUAUUUCCCAAUUCGAGACCCCAUCUCCAACGGAGAACAACACAAAUCUGUCACCUGAACCUGGAUUUGGGCAAGACUUUCUCAGGAGUAUCCUUCUCCUUGUAGGUCCCCAACCUCCACCGUUCUUUCCUCCAGGAUUUCAAAACACAUUCAAUCCUAAUAAUAAUGAAAGAAAUACAAAUCCGUAUUCCGGUUAUAGACGAAGCUUCGUUGAAAAUGAUCGUUUUCGACCGCUGCCGCUGCCGCCGUCGCCAUCACCACUACCACCACGUCCGCAAUUCCCUCCAUUCUCUCCUCCCCGAUUACGAAGUGCUUUUUCCUAUCCUUCUAGAAGAUGGAAUUUCCCUUCAUUAUUUUAGAUUCAAAAUUUGUGAAAUACAAACGGGAGACCUUGGAUCUUGACGAUUACAAUAAAAUUUAAGUGCAAACUGCUCAUUACUUUUGUGUA